AUGACCAGCGCCAAAACUUUGGAGGAUAGACUGCACGAGCUGGAGUCUCGGGUUCUUCAACUGGAAGACAUCAACGCCAUCCGUAAACUUCAUUUUGCCUAUGGAUACUACAUCGAUGUAUGCAGAUAUGCAGACGUUGUUCAGCUCUUCUCACGUGACGGCGAGGUAGUGUUUCUCUCUGGCGUUUACAAGGGCCACAAGGGCAUCGCUCGUCUCUACCAAACAUGGUUUCAUGAGUACUUCACGCAAGGGCGGCCGGGCCCCGAGUACGGCUUUUUGCUCGAUCACCUCCAGAUGCAGGACAUCGUCACCGUGUCCUCAGACGGGAAAACUGCACAAGGAAGAUUUCGGGCUCUUUUGGCUGGCGGAAACCAUGCAAGUCGGGAGUACAAACCGGAGGGCUUGCCUCAACAAUUUUAUGAGGGGGGCCCAAUGGAGUCUGGAAAGAAAAUAAUAGUUGACAAAUUUCCCCUGCAGUACAUACGAGAAGAUGGAGUAUGGAAGAUCAAAAGGCUGGACUACGUAGUGCAGUGGCAGGCUGAAUAUGAGAAAGGUUGGGCUAACACUGAGGCUCACCUGAAACCACACGUGGUGACGUAUCCAGAGAAUCCUACGGGGCCGGAUGAAUUGCUGCCAGAGACGGAGGUACGCAAGACGUGGCCACAUCGGGCAGAUGUACCAACGCAUUAUGCGCAUCCAGUCAUGCAGUUCGCGAAAAAGGGGCCAUGA